UGUAAUAAUUAGUCUUAGAAAUAUGAUGUUGAUGUUCACAGUCUGUUUGCUAUUUCUAAGUGCUUCAAUUCCUUCUUCGUAUUGUAAGAAAGAAAACAAAGUGAUAAUAAUCGGAGCAGGUUCAUCUGGAAUAGCAGCCCUAUCUAAACUAUUGGAAAAUGAUAUUAACGAUGUUUUGGUGCUAGAAGCAGAAUCAAGAAUAGGAGGAAGAAUAAACACAGUUAACUUUGAUGGCACAAUUAUAGAGUUGGGCGCAGAAUGGUGUCAUGGCGAAAAAAAUAAUACGGUAUACGAAAUUUUGAAAGAGAGGGAUCUACUUGAUUUAUUGCAUCGUGACGAGGUGCCAACGCAAAUGUAUUUGUCUUCUAGACAAAAUAUCAGUGAAGAGUUAUCAAAUGAACUGUUUCAAUUGACCGUGGAUGCGUAUAAUGUCGAGUAUAAUGGCUCCACAAACGAAAGCAUGGCAUCUAUUGUUGGAAAGUGGUAUAACCAGCAAAUAUCGACGAGAUAUAGUAACGAUAAGCAGAAACUUGAAAUUUUCAAAUGGAAUUCAGAUUUCUUACGUCAUGUCACACUUUGUUUGGAGGGAUGCUUCUCGUGGGAAGAUGCUUCAUAUGACUCGGAGUAUGAAGACUGUGAGGGUUAUUUCACACUGGGUUGGGGUACUCAUGGUUAUAAAAUAUUCUUAGAUGUCCUGACAAAAAAAUAUCCUAAUAUAAAGGAAUCCCUUCCGGUUGAAGAUAAGAUACAUUUUAACAAAGAAGUUUCGAUGAUAUCUACGAACGAAAGUGACGUUUUCAUAGUUUGUUCCGAUAAUUCAACCUACCAAGCUAAUCACGUGAUAUUCACGCCGUCACUAGGAGUAUUGAAAGAGAAAGCUUCCACUCUAUUUCCACAGGGAUUGCCAUCGAAAAAGUUGUUAGCUAUAGAGAGAAUAGGAAUGGGGGCAGUUAUGAAGGUCUUUUUGAAAUAUGAAACGAAAUGGUGGAGAGACUUACCAGGUUUUGACUUAAUUUGGACAGAAAAUGACAGAGUAUUAUCCAAGCAAUAUUUUCCUGAUGGUCCUACAAAUACGAAUGGAGAAUCAUGGAUUGUUGAAAUGUACAAUAUAGUCGCAGUACCUGAUUCCAAUGUUUUGUUAGUUUGGUUUACGGGGGAAUUGGUUCCACUUAUAGAGAAGAUGGAUGAGAAGAUUUUGAUCAAAGUCAAAAAAAUGGAAUUAAAUCUGGCACAUUUUCUUUCGACGAUUUCUUAUGAGUUUCGAUGUGGAUAUUGAAUCAACAGCAGUGAGCCGAUGAAGACUGUGCUUCGCUGGUUAUCCGAAUUCAAUCGUGGUCCCACUUUGCUACAUGAAGAAGGUCGUCCAAAAUUGGUUAUUUUACCAGAAAACAACGUGAUUGUGUGUAAAAUAUUGCAAUAUCGUCAUAUGACAUACAUGAGAUGGAGGCAUACUUGGGCAAUAGUUUAACUUAAACAGAUCCAAUAUUGAAUGAACAUAUGGCAGCGAAAAAUAUUUGACAAUCGCUCAAAUAAGCUCGUGUUGAUCAGAAAUUCAAUCGCGGUGCUUCAAUAGACUUCUUUGAGAUCAUGACAGGUUAAAAACAAGCGUUCAUGCAGAUGAACUUGAAAGUAAACAACAAUGACGGUCAUUCAGGAUGAGCCAAAUCCAACAUGUUUGCGCAUGAAACAAUUUGAACCGAAGGAUCGCCUUUUUUUUUCGAAAUACUUGCCACAAGGGUUUUGCUUAAGAGGGUGAGACGAGCUUAAUUGAAAAAUUUUUCACAAAUAGAUGAUAAAAUAAUACCCUAUUUUUACCAAUGAUGAUUGGGUUAUUAAGUUGAAAGUUUAUUGACGUUACAGCAUUCGUUGCAAAUUGAAUAAUUAGGUGUUUGGUCACAAAAAGUUUUAAGUGCUAGACUAAACAUUGGGGAAACAAUUUUUUUGUUAGUGGAGAUAGGAAUUACGCUUUGAACGACUAUCCAAAGACCCAAGUAUUGAAUGCACAUGCACUCCUUCAAUAAACUGAACAAGUGGAAAUAGAGUUUGACAUAUAGGAAAACAAUGGCUAGAGUGUUAUGGGUCGAAAAGGCAUGGAACCACAAUAACAAUACUUGGUAAGUCUACCUGAGCUCAUCGGCGACAGAUUGAUAUGCAAAGAAUAUAGAAAAUCAGGUCUACUGUUACAAGGAACAACUCAACCUCCAUGGUGCCUUCCUAAUAAAAAUAAGUAUAACAGUACAAAUUUGUUAUAGCUGGAAUAGAGAUUUUUCAAUAUGAAAUAAGAAAGAAGAAACCUCUCUCCAACAUGUCCAAUAGAGUGAUUAAAAAAUUAUAUAAAUAUCUAAAAAUAUUGAAUUUAUUUCUUCUCCUUCUUAGGGUAUUACAGCAGCUGUGAAACUGGAUAUUCUCAUUAUCAGCAAUGUUUCUAAGGCAACGAAGACAAAUGGAGUAUUAAAAUUACGUACUAACGUAAAAGCGUUUUUUAACUUGUUAAUUUUAU